UGGAGUGUGAAUCGAAAAGUAAUUGGGACUGUUGCACAACAACGAUCGUUCAACAGAACUCGACCUGAUUCGAGCUGGUGGCGAAAACAAAGUCAAUGCGAUAACUAAGUGAAUAAAAUGUUUACACCUCAUAGAGGGACGCUCGUGUCCCUUUGUCUUUUGGCGAUCACGACUAGUCUGCGUGCCCAGAACUACAUCAGGCAAUCAUGUGGCGUUGACGAUUUCCGAUGCUACAAUGGAAAAUGUAUUGAAAGCUUAUAUCGCUGCAACGGAGUCAUUGAUUGUGCUUCUGGUGAAGACGAAAAGGAUUGCGAAUGUAGACGAGAUGAAUUCAAGUGUCUCGACGAUGGAUCUUGUAUCGAGCUCAGGAAACGUUGCGAUGGCUACAGCCAUUGCGGGGAUUCAUCAGACGAACAAGAUUGCUCGAAUGCAUAUUUUAAAUGCAGAAAUGGCAAGACGAUACCCGAAAAUCAGAGAUGCAAUCGGCAUUAUGAUUGCGACGCUGGCGAUUAUUCCGAUGAACAAAAUUGUCCAUGUGGUGACGGCGACUUCAAGUGUGACAAUGGUUACUGCAUACCUGCAUACAAAAAAUGUGACAGAACGCAUGAUUGUCAGGACGGUUCUGAUGAACGACAAUGCACUUACGGCACAGAAUGCAUGGCUUAUCAAUAUAAAUGCUCGCGUGGAGAUUGCGUUUCGGCGGAUUCAUGGUGCAAUGGAACUCGGGAAUGCUCAGACGGCUCAGACGAAAUGAACUGUCCCUGUAAAAGAGGCCAGUUCAAAUGUCACGACGGGUCUUGCAUAAAUAUUGCCAAGAGAUGUAACGGUUACACUGAUUGUCAACCUUACGGUGAAGAUGAACUCAAUUGCGCUCUAUCUCGCUGUCCAGCCGAUAGCUUCACAUGCGAUUAUGGCUCCAGAGUUUCCUGUGCCAAGCGAUGCGACGGCAUACAGGAGUGCGACGCUGGUGAAGACGAAGAUGGCUGUCCCGAGUGCAAUCACAUAUGCGACGGCAAGUGUCUAGAAGAUAGUAAGAUCUGUGACCAGAUCACCGAUUGUUCGGACGGCUCCGACGAGAAGGACUGUGACGAGUGCGACGGCCCGAAUGACUUCAGAUGUAAAAAUGGUGAGUGCUUAAAUGCCGCUCUGCGUUGUAACGACGUUCCUGAAUGUUCCGAUUUCAGCGACGAACAUGAUUGCAAUGUAACCAUGAUUUCAGAGCCAUCUGGCUGCAACGAGAAUCAAUUCCAAUGCCGAAAUAGUAUAUGCAUCGACAAACAGUUUUUCUGCGAUGGAAAUCCAGAUUGUACCGAUAGCUCUGAUGAAGAAAAUUGCCCAUGCGAAGAUGGAUACUGGCAAUGCUUUACUGGUCAGUGCAUACCUUUCAGUGGAUACUGUAAUGGCUACCCUGAGUGUUCGGAUGCAUCGGAUGAGAGCGAUUGUCCUACGACUUUCAAGCCAUUUACAACGGCUAAUCCCACUUAUGAUUCUACUCCGCCCUACCCUUACCCUCCCCACAUGCCAAUGACGACUCAGCGACCGAUCUACACCACAUCUUCGAUUCCUUAUGAUCCGUAUAGACCGAACGGAAACCAAGGAUGCGGCAAAAAUCAAUGGCGUUGUGAGAACGGGCCUUGUAUAGAUUCUCGUCUCCGUUGUGACGGUCACGUAGAUUGUCCACAUGACGACACGGACGAGCUCGAUUGUCCAGCUGGCACGCCCAUUGCUCUGGAUCUCAAGACUUACCCGGAUAAGCAAACUGUUCGCAACGCCCAUUAUGGUGGUGACGUGGUAUUCUCGUGUCGAGACGAAGGGUUACUCCGAGCGCCCGUGCGCUGGAUCAGAGAAGGUGGUAGAUCCCUGAAACCUGGUUCCACUGAUAGAAAUGGACGUCUCGAGUUAACCCAAGUGACUUCAGCUGACAGUGGAGUCUACAUUUGUCAAGCACCACGUUAUUUGAGAGAGCCUGGAUCGGAACUGAGAGUUACUUUGACUGUUGAAAAUGCUCAAUCAAAUACAUACAAACCGCCGUUCAAAUUUUGUCAACCGAACCAAGCUACUUGUGGUAACGGACAAUGUAUUCCAAAUACGGCCGUUUGCGAUUCAAGGAAAGACUGUUCUGAUGGAUCUGAUGAAGAAAAUUGCAACCUUAACGGCAAGUGUGAACCAAAUGAGUUCCAGUGCGCUAAUCGUAAGUGCGUCUUGAAGACCUGGCUUUGUGACAACGACGAUGAUUGCGGGGAUGGUUCCGAUGAACUGAACUGCGUAGCUACCGACCCGAAUCAGCAAUGCCAACCUUAUGAGUUUGCUUGUGCCAGCAACGAUCAAUGCGUUCCUAGAAGCUUCCAGUGCGAUACCUACAAGGAUUGUUUCGACUCGUCUGAUGAACUCGGCUGCAUACCGGUGCAUAUAACGAGGUCUCCAGCUCCAUCAAACGUUAAAUUAAAUCCUGGUGAUACCUUAACCCUCGUCUGCGAAGCCGUGGGUGUUCCAACGCCGCUUAUAUCUUGGCGACUUAACUGGGGCAAUGUGCCUGAGAAAUGUACUUCUACUAGCGUAAAUGGUAUCGGAACACUAACCUGUCCAGACAUGCAGUCGGAAGACAGCGGUGCUUAUUCCUGUGAAGGUAUCAACAACAAGGGCACAACAUUCGCUGCACAGGAUGCCAUUGUUUACGUUAAUAGAACUGGAGGAGUAUGUCCAAUUGGAUACUUUAACAGCGAGGCACGAUCACAAAACGAAUGUAUCCGAUGUUUCUGUUUCGGAAAAUCAAGUCAAUGUCAAAGCGCUGAUCUCUUCAUCUUUAAUAUGCCGACUUUGCUCGGUGAGGGAGGUACUAGGCUAGUUGGAGUUAACCAAGACUAUAACGGAGACGUCCAGGUCGACAAACAGCAAGUCAUCACUAACCAAUAUUACUACCAACCAUUGAAGAAUGGAGCAACGGUAACGAAAUUAGAACACGUGUCUUGGUCUAGAAAUACUGGUACACAUCCAUACAUUACUCUACCAGAAACGUAUAAUGGUAAUCAACUCACAUCAUACGGUGGCCACAUAAAGUAUAGAAUCACACCCCACUUUUCUAACCGAUAUGGUGCUAGCGAUAGCAUUCCAGAUGUCAUUAUUUUGGGUAAAUACCAAACAUUGCUCCACAAAAGUCGUAACGACCUUUUCCGCGAUCCAUACAUAAGCGCCCGCUUGACGCCUGGAAAUUGGCAGAAGCCAACAUCUAGAGGACUAGUAUCAGCUUCACGAGAAGACAUAAUGAUGGCAUUGGAUGAUGUUGAAUUAAUACUCUUGCGAGCUGAUUCAAAUAACGCCGGUGUUAAUAUAACUGAUUUCACUAUGGAAUCUGCUCAAAUGAGUAAUGUGGGACUUGGAGCUGCCAGUCUGGUCGAGGAAUGUUCUUGCCCGUCCGGAUAUAAAGGACGAUCGUGUGAGAAAUGUGCCGACGGAUUCGAAAGACAAAACUUAGGACCUUGGAACGGUACUUGCGUACCAAAAGCUCCAUGCCCACCACUCACCUAUGGCGACCCGAGCAGUGGUGGUGACUGCAGGCCUUGUCCGUGUCCAUUGACAAACAGAGGCAAUCAAUUUGCUAGCUCUUGCUCAAUUGGCCCCAGAGGAAAUGUAAUCUGUGACUGCCAACCAGGAUAUGAAGGAUCUGACUGUAGUUACUGCGCUCCUAAUUACAUCGGUAAUCCCUUGUUGGUCGGUGACUCUUGUAGACCUAAACCCCCAGACCCACACUGCAAUCCUCUAGGAACCAGCCAAGUUCGUCUUCCUGAUGAAUGUGUAUGCAAAGAAAAUGUCCAAGGACGUUACUGUGACCAAUGCAAGAACGGCUCGUUCUACCUGUCCGACGACUUCAGACAUGGUUGCGCACUUUGCUUCUGCUCUGGAGUUUCACAACAAUGUAUGAUCAGUAACUUGCGUCGUAAAACUACGACAGUACGUUUCAACGUACCACAAAUAGUCAACCAAGUGAAAUUGUACAAGAGUGCGCCGAUAGGACCUGCUGGUUCAGUCAGAUAUAACGUCCCCGUAGAAACAGACUUGCAACCUGAACUCGUUAGAGGAGAGAUUACUGUAAACAACUUAGAACGUUCGCAACCUUCCAUCUUAUACUGGAGUCUUCCUAUCAGUUUUGCUGGCGAUAAAGUUACAGCCUACGGUGGAUACUUAUCAUACGAACUUCGCCACGUGCCUACCUAUGGCGGUUUGAAAAACACGGCCGCUGACGUCCAACUCAUAAGCGACAACAGUCUAACUUUCCAUUACUUCGGUAACUUUAUGCCAGCUAACGACGGCUACUUAAACGCCAGCGUUCAGUUCUUAGAAAAGGGAUGGCAAAGACCCGAUGGCAAGCAAGUUUCCCGUGAACAUUUCCUGCUCGCCCUAGCCGAUGUGAAGACUAUACUGAUUAAAGGAACGUACACUAGCAAUACAGACGUAGCUUCAAUCGAGAGUGCUAGUAUUGAUACAGCUGAGCCCGAUGGCGAUGGUCCGAUGGCACAGCACGUAGAACAGUGCCAGUGCCCAAUGGGCUACGUUGGAACAUCUUGUGAGGACUGUGCUCCAGGAUAUACCAGAAGUUCAAGUGGCCUCUACUUAGAACAUUGCGGUCUUUGUGACUGCAAUGGUCAUUCGACUAUGUGUCACCCAGAGACUGGUGUAUGCUAUGAUUGUGCUGAUAACACGGCUGGUCCAAAUUGUGAAUUCUGCAAGGAUGGCUUCCAGCAAGACCAAAACAACAACUGUGUACCCAUUGACAAUACACCGAGACCAUUUAUAUGCAACUGUGAUCCAAGAGGCGAAUCUCUUCCUUGUGAUUCUUCUGGACGUUGUCAAUGCAAACAGAACGUUGAAGGAGAAGGCUGUGACCGCUGCAGACCUGGCACAUUCGGUCUUGACCAUAAUAACCCACUCGGUUGCUUCUCAUGUUACUGUUCUGGCGUCACUAAAGACUGUCACGAAGCCAGUCAUUAUUCAAGAAUACCAUUAGCUGCUCCCAUUUUCGGUGAAUCCUACGGCGGUUACACACUUAUGGAUUUAAAUGCUGACCAAGUCAUUAACGACCAAUUUAUACCGUCACCUAAAGAGAGUGAACUUAUGUAUGUCUUCUCAUCAAUACCCUAUGACGAGCUGUACUGGUCCUUACCUGUUUUCCCAGGAAAUCGAGUUCUGUCCUAUGGAGGCACUCUAUCACUAACACAGAAAUUCCUCAGUGGUGAUCCUGAAGAAUCAACACCUGGUAGGGAUGUUGUUCUCGUUGGUGAAUACCUCUCAAUUUACUGGAACAACCCAACUACUAUGAGAUCUGGCGAAGCUUUGAGCUAUCAAGUUCCAUUACGUGAGACCAACUGGUAUAAAUUGAACUCACCCGAAGCGGCUAGUCGUGAUGAAUUUAUGUCUGUGCUUAAGAACCUGAAGAGAGUAUUAGUCCGAGCUACGAUUGCAGAAAAUAUUACAUCAACUGCAAUUGCUGAUGUUUCUAUGGAUACUGCUGUCGAGAGCUACGAUGCUGCAGCUCCUGCGGCUAAGGGUGUUGAGGUAUGCAUGUGCCCAGAAGGUUACACUGGCACUAGUUGUGAGAACUGUGCUGCUGGUUUCUAUAAGGACAGGACUGGAUACUGCAAACCGUGUAACUGCAAUGGCCACGAUUGCAAGCUGGUUAGUUACGACGAGGUCGUUUGUAACUGCCGACCACCAUUCACAGGACCCGAUUGCUCUACUGUUGGUGGUGAGCCAAUCGAGACCAGCACCAGACCACAACCUCCUCCUCAAAGCACUGUUGUAGUGAAGAUCACGAGCCCGACUAUCAAAAUUCAGAAAGUAGGAAGCACGGUCAACUUCACAUGCCAGGCUCAAAGUAGAAUGACCACUAAUCCUCUGCAAGUCAACUGGUACAAGGCUGAUGGGUAUUUGCCACAAGGCAGGCAUCAAAUAGAUACCAAUACUGGCUUAUUACUUAUAAUGAACUUACAAGUAUCUGACAGUGGAAAAUACAUUUGUCAGACUAGUGACGGUAUCUCGACGGGUCAAGCCAUCGCUACUCUUAAAGUACCAGUGAAUGAAAUGACAUUACCAACUGUGUCAAUAAGUCCAUCAGUUAAGGAAUACUAUGAAGGCGACCGGAUUGAACUCACAUGUGCGACCACUGGUAACCCGGCACCGAGGAUCACUUGGCAGAGGGUCGCUAACCGGCCACUGCCUCGUUCCGCAGUAACCUAUGAUGCCUUGCUUAUCAUAGACGACGCCAACGUUGAAGACUCUGGUGAAUACAGAUGUAUCGCGUCAAACUCGGCUGGCUCGACUGACCGCACCGCUAUUGUAACGGUGAGACCAAAGCCAUCCAGACCACCAAAGCAGAAACUAACCGUUUCAUCAUCAUCGACCACCAUUGACGAGGGACAGAGCACUCGAGUUGUAUGUACUGGAACGGCUAAUAUACCACCUGGAACUAUAGACUGGAUCAGGCAAGAUGGAAAUAACUUCCUGCCUAAUGUACGCGCCGAGAACGGAGUCCUUUACGUUGAAUUAGCGGUUCCCGAGAACGAUGGUGUCUACAUAUGUCAGACCACCCCGUACAUUAACAUAAACCCUGAGCUAGUCGUACUGAAAGUCAUACCCAACAGGCCACCCUCGCCUGAAGAAACAUCAAAUAUUACGCUCUCUGUUAAUCAGCUCAAGAUACCCACCGGUGGUAGUGGUACAAUCGAAUGUAUUCCACAAGGAUAUCCCUUGCCCCUAAUUAAAUGGACUAAGUAUCAAGAAAGAUUUGGGCCAAGUACGAGUCAAAGAGACAACACUCUAGUCAUUGCGAACGCGCAAGACAGUGACGCGGGAUACUAUCUCUGCGAAGGAAACGUCGACGGCCGGCCUGUUGUCAGCAGCUACAUAUACGUUGAAAUUGAACGUCGUGAAGCCCCUCGAGUUGACAUCUACCCUCAGGGCGAAAACUCAGUGACGCUAGGAAGCCAAUACGAACUGCAUUGCUACGUUAAUGGUGGUAUUCCACCACCAGUUGUCACUUGGGACAGGAACGGCGGAAGACCAUUCUCACAUCAUGUGGAGAUACAACAAAAUAAUAAAUUGAGAUUCCUUAACGUUGAGGUAAACGACGAAGGCGAAUACACGUGUACCGCGACCAAUGAUGCCGGCUCCUCAAGUGCCAGCGCUACCAUCAAAGUGCGAUCGCCACCUGUGAUCACUAUAACACCUAACAACUACAUCCAAGUUAUUAGAGGAGACAGAGUCAAUGUUGAAUGUCGUGCUGAUGGAUACCCUGAACCAGAAGUUUCUAUUAAAUCGGGCUCAGACUUACGUCUGUUAGUGCCCCCCUCACCAAGAAUAGCGGCGCUUAAUAUUCAAAAUGCAAACGAUGACGGCGACUACAUUUGCACGGCGACGUCUGCCGCUGGUACCAUCGAAGAGCAAUUUGUCAUCCGUGUGGAGAGAGGUGAUGGUGGCCUCAUUGAAAGCAGUGGAGACAACGAAAUUGGCGAAAGCGAUUCGUCGUACGAUGUACAGCCGAAAGACAUGGCAGUUAUCGAAGGGCAGCAAAGUCAAAUUAGUUGCAAUGCUUCAGACGAAUUCGACGUAGUCUGGACUCGCGCUGACGGAAAUCCUUUGCAAAGCAAUGCCAUGCAAGUAGGCAACGAGCUGAUCAUUAGAAACACUUCUAAAAGUGAUACCAGCGUAUACGAAUGCACUUUGUACUAUCGUCCGACUGGAGAGGCUCAACAAUCAGCAAGGACAAGUCUCCAAGUUGUAGCACCACCCACUAUUACUCUGAACCCUGCCACUCAGACCGUUCACCCUGGACAGUCGCCAACCGUGGAAUGCUUUGUUGAAGGCGAUGACAUAAUUGACGUAAUAUGGAGAUCGAAAUAUUCUAUGUUUUCAAGGCGAGUUGAGGUCCAAGAUCGUACCUUGAUAUUCCACAAAAUCGAAAUCGAAGAUGCCGGAGAGUAUGAAUGUUUUGCGAGAAAUAGAGUCGCGAAUGCAUCUGCCAUCGCCGAAGUUAGAGUCAGUGAAGAGACGGAUCGAGCGACUUCGGUGUCUCGCGAUAAUGAACAGACCGCGCACGUGGGCUCCGCUGUCAACCUCAGCUGCAAUGUCACGCUGCCGAGGCAAACCAUCCGCUGGACCAAGGACGGCAACCAACUCCCCAGAUCAGUUAUUCAGAAGAGCGAUGGGUCCCUUUUCAUCAGACUCGCCCAGAAAACCGACAGCGGCCUCUACGUCUGCCUCAUUACCGACAUUUACGGCAGACAGAUUAGCAAUUUCAUCGAUCUCCACAUCGAGGGCAAUGAGUGCUUGGAGACACAGUUCAAAUGCAACGAUGGCAGGAAUUGCAUAAACUUUGAAUUUGUAUGCGACGAUUACCCAGACUGCCAGGACUCGAGUGAUGAGUUAAGCUGUACAAUGUUAUCGGAUUCAAAUUAUACAAGUGGAACCCGUGUUGAAUCUUUGGGACUUGUUGCUAUCGAUCAGCCCCGAAGACCGUAUAGAGUCGGGGAUAAGGUCGAAGUAACGUGUAGAAUGAGAUCAAGGGAUAUCAGAGUUUCAUGGGAAAGGUUUAAAACAAAGCAGUAUGUCGAAUCAAGAGUCUACGGCGACGGAGCAAUGCUUCUUAUACCUGGCGUACAGGAGUCCGACGCUGAUGUCUAUAGAUGUAUCGGUCAAGAUCGCUACGGACGUGUCUCGUACGACAAUUUCACUCUUGAAGUAAUCCCAGGGCAAAAUGAAGCUUCUUAUCCAGUAGGCGAUAGAGAUACAACAUACACCGCUCGUUUGGGUGACAUAGUCGAAAUGCCGUGCAAUCACAACCUGGAGGAACCUGUUUCUAUCGAGUGGAGGCGAGAAUACUCUCAGCUUCCUCCUGGCGUUAGGCAAAACGAGCGCAUUCUGAGUUUGGAGAGUGUAUCGGAAGCGGACGCUGGGACAUACAUAUGCAGGGUGACCAAUAAUCGCGCGAGAGUAGAAACCCGUGCCACUUUACGUAUUGUGGGCGUAGUGCCCAAGUUUAAUGGCGACAGUUGGCUGGCUUUACCGACACUCAAGGACGCCUACAUGCAAUUUGACAUCGAGAUCUCUUUCAAACCAUCAGAUCCGAACGGAAUUAUCCUAUACAACAGUCAAAAUAAAAACGGUACCGGAGACAACUUGGUCCUUCAGCUUGUCGAAGGAGUACCAGAGUUCACACUUAAGUUUGAUACGUCAACUCCUUUGAUUGUUACGGGUGACCGACCAUUGCAGCUGAACGCUUGGCAUACUAUACGUCUGAGCAGAAGUGGCUCUAAAGUAACAAUGGACGUCGACAAUACCGGUCCGUUCGUAGCGGAAUCAUCGAAUCAGUACGAAGUGCUAGAUUUGUAUGCAAAUCUGUACGUCGGUGGUGCGCCAACUCAACGUCCCCCUGAACUCGAGAACGCUCCAAGCUUUAUCGGCUGCGUCAGCAUGCUCAUCCUCGGCAAGGAAGAAAAGAACAUCAUGUCGGAUAGCAUCGACAUGUACAACGUGAUGGACUGCAACUCCUGCACUCCCAAUCUCUGUCUCAAUAGUGGUGUGUGCCAAGAGGCUCGCAAUGAACGCGGCUACACCUGUCUGUGUCCCGCCGGUUACGCGGGACUGAACUGUGACCGUCCCGGUGAAGCUUGCCGUCCUGGUCUCUGUGGACUCGGAAAGUGCACCGACACUAUCGAUGGCUACAAAUGCACUUGUCCCGUCACUUACACAGGCAAAAAUUGCGAAGUUAAACAGAACAUUGCCUACCCAGCAUUCGCUGGCAGUGCUUACUUAGCAAUAAAACCGCCAAAGACUUCCCGAUUCCUGCGCAUGUCGAUGAAGAUCAGACCUAAAGCACCGGUCACAGACGGUAUCAUCAUGUAUUGUGCACAAUCAGCUCGUGGGUACGGAGGAUUCACUUCCUUGGCCGUACACGAUGGCAGGCUCGAAUUCCGCUAUGACCUUGGAGAUGGAAACACACCGAUCGUACUUAUUAGCAACAAUACCCUGGCACCCAAUGAAUGGACUGAUGUGAACAUCGCUCGCGUUGGACUUGUUGUGUCGUUGAAGAUAGACAUGACCAGCAGCUACGAAGCCAAAUUAGCUUCAGCUAAGGAUCUCAAUUUCGAAACGUCGAUGUUCGUCGGAGGAGUCGACGAUGAUUCGAUUGUCCUAAACAACAACACGGGCGUCACCGGCGGAUUCAGUGGAUGCAUCAAAGACGUUACUCUCCACGGAGAUACAUUAGAUCUUACCAACGCAUCGAUCCAAGCUGCCAACGUACAGGAAUGUGUCAACUAUGACCGCGGAGAUAUCCCAGAAACCGAGACUAUCUGCUCACAAUGUCGCAACGGCGGCUUCUGCACGUCAUCCGACAUGACAGCCUGCACUUGCCCCCUGGGCUUCAGCGGACUUUACUGCGAAACGAGAAUCCCAAGCCGUAGACCCCUCGGAGACCCGUGCUCGGUGUCGCCCUGCAGGAACGGUGGCACCUGCAAGACCGACCGUAGCCACAGGAUGAACUACACUUGCGACUGUCCGCUUGGUUUUGCCGGAUCGAACUGUCAAAUGCCCCUAGAAUUAUUCCAAAGCGUUGGCUUCAACGGUAACGGCUAUCUGGAACUGCCGGCGAAUUACUUGCGUUACGAUCAACUAGAAGUUGAACCGGAGUUGAUUGCGCUGGCGUUCCACACAUACAACGAUGGAGUUCUUCUAUACCAGAAAGAAGCUCAACUCUCAUACGGAGGCGAUUAUAUCAUGCUUAGAGUGGAGAGAGGAGUUGUUGUUAUGGAAUGGGACUUAGGAAGCGGCAGAAACAUCCUUUCCGUUGAUGACGUGCUAGUUAAUGACGACGAAAGACACGAAGUGUUUGCGAAAAUUUACGACGACAACCGCGUCGAGCUGACCGUUGGAUCGAAAACGAAGACUGCAAUGACCAACGGAAUCUCCAAUGUUAUGAACGCUGAUUCAAACAUAUAUAUCGGUGGUAUUCCAGACUACCUUAACACGCAGCACAAGUACCCAGGCCUCGUGGGUUGUAUAGAGCAAGUAGAGUUUAAGGGAGAGCGCAGUGUUACCCUCGGCAAGGUCGCUGUGGCGGGUAGAAAUACCCAGCCGUGCAAAAACCAAUGAACUUCUCAGUUCACUCGAGCACACCACAUCGAAGGAACGUAUUAUAAUCUCUCUACGUAAAUUUCAAGUUUCAAGCGAAAAUGUCAAUUGAUAAAAUUUAAGUCAAAAGUUAUCAACAUUCAAUUAAAAUCAGACACGAUUUAAAUUGUUCUUAAAAAAAAAUAGAUUAAAAAUGUUACGGCUUAUGAACUUGUUACGAGAUUUGGUAGGGACUUUAUUAAAAUAUACCCUCGUAUUUAGUAUUAAGGUAACUUCACCAUUGAGGACAAUACUGCUAGCUUAGAAUACUUAAGUAACUUGAAAUGUUAUUGUAAUAAUAAACUAUAUUAUAUCUUAAAUCAGAUUCAAAUUUCGAAUGGACAUUUUACAGGACAGUAUCUCCUACCACACGGGUGCUCUUCCCUGUAGAGCGAUGUAUAUGGUGCCAUAAAAUUUGAAUAUAAACGUAGUUAGGAAAAUAUUAACUUUUUUUUUUAAUUAAUUUUUGCUUAUCGAGCUUUGUAAUAUCAAAUACUAAAGCAAUAUAUUUGUUCGGUUUCACAGUCACUAUCCAAUUUUUGAUUGAUAUUGGGAGCUGCAAGGCUUUCGAUUUACUCGUACGUCAUGUGCCAAAACUGGUUCUAUAUUAAUUUAGUUUCCGCCACUGCCAUAUAAUUUGCUUUCUUUAUUAUUAUUAUUUUUAAGUUAAGUAGAUAGUACUCCAGUUAUCUAAGACGAAUAUUCUAAUUUUAAAUAUUUAGAUAAUAAUGAUUGUUUGUAAAAUUUCAGUGAUUCUGUAUAUUGUUCUAGUGAAAUCAACUGCGGUCGCAUUUAACUUAAAUAUAUCGCGAGUGAUUUGUUUAUCCGUUUUUACAUAUUUUAUAUGAUAUUACAAAAUUAUAUUUGCAUGAAAUGUAUUUGUUGUUUUUCGAGUAGCUUAGCUAAGAAUAAAUGUGGCAUUAAAUACCAAUCGUUACACGAACAUAAUUAUAUCGAUGAAAUCGUUUCAACGCAUCUCAAUUUAUAUUUCGAUGAACCUGCCUACAUGUUAUAUUGUCUAUCUGUGUACUGCUGCUAAAUGAACAAAUGCAAUUAAUAAAAAUAAAAAAAAAUGUAUAAAAAUA